GACAGCAGGAAUCGCAAGGAACAGCGCCCGCCCAAUCCACGCCGACCCCCAAUCUGGCCGCCGGCCGGCCCGACACGCUGGGAUCUUUCUUUCCUUAGCCGAUCGGUCAACGCCGCGGAUUUUAUUCUUCCCCUUCCUUCCGUCCUUCCUCCCCCCGGGGCUCAGGAGGUUUCCGUAAACCCGUCCUUCGCCGCGGCGCCCCCUCCCCUUCUUUCUUGCAGGCGAGAAUCCGCCGUUCCCCCUUGUCCUCGUUCUUCCUUCUCUUUCCCGGAUCUAGCCUACGCUCGUCGGUUCUUGAUUUCGUGGCAGGUUGGCCGAUUGGGGAGGCAGGGUAAUCGGGAAAGGUGGGAUUUUGAUUUGUUUGGGGGAAUCCCCGGUGAGCUCCGUUGCGUGAAGGUAUUGACAAGCAGCCGUUCCAUUGCGACGCCCCUCGGCACUGAUUGGCUUCGGAUUUUUGAGGGCAUUUGGAUUGCACAUCAGUUUGCUGCUUUUGAGCAUUUGGUAUCUGGUUCGUUGGACUCGAGGAGUUCUGCUUAAGGAACUCCUCUGUGAGGUUUCCUUGGACUAUGGGAGCUUUCUGUUCAUGCCUGCAACCUGAUUAUUCUGAUCACCAUGGGAACCACACGUCCUCGGCGUUUAGGAACUGCAUGUGCCUCAGAUGUUUCACCCAGCAGCUCAUCAACGCGUACACUGUUUUGUUCCGUGCUGGAGCAGUGCACUCUGUUUCUCAAGCUAUAGAAGCCACCCCUGUGGAUUCAACUGAAAGUUCCUUUGAUACAUAUCGCUCACCCCCAAGACCGCUGCCCUAUGAUGAUCCACGAUUUUCCCCUCCUGCUCGUGACUGGUUAAGGCAUGAGACCCCAAGCCAUUCCCCAGAGGAAUCACAACCACUUAGAGCAAAUGAUGAUGAGGAAAUGGAGACACCAAGUAGAAUUGACAAGGCAAGUAAAACAAACUAUGACACAAAAAUGAAGAUUUGCAGCUCUGCUUAUGGAGAUAAGGUGCCACCAAAGGAACUUGGAAAUUACUUCAGCUACUUUUCCCCAUCUGCUGAAGAUGAAGAUGUCUGCCCAACAUGUCUUGAAGAUUAUACGUCCGAGAACCCCAGGAUACUUAUGCAGUGCUCACACCAUUUCCACCUUGGCUGUAUUUACGAGUGGAUGGAAAGGAGUGAGGCAUGCCCUGUCUGUGGAAAGAAAAUGGAAUUUGACGAGACAACUUAAUCAUCUGUCUGGACUAUACAUCUUGGAUUAACAAUCUCAUAUGGCACUAUGAAAAGACAGGCGGUCUAUCCCCAGGACAUUCUCUGUAAAUACACCCUGUAAAUAUUGAAUCGGUAGUGCGCUCUUUGCCAUACCGGUGUUCUUGAAAUGCUGGAUCAGUGCACAUAAACAUUCUUUUUUGAUUUCUUCCUAAUAGUCAGCAGGUGAAGGUUCCCCUUUUCCUGUCUGCGCCCCUGCCUGGACAAGGCUUAGAGGCGCCGUGAUUGUCGGUGAUCGGAAAGCUGUAAAUUAGCGACAUGUUUUCAUAUAAUCAUAUGAAGCCCCACGCAUGGUUCUGUGGUUCUUGCAAUAACUAUUUGGCUUCAGAUAAUGACAUGCUGGCAUCGUAGUGGUGUCA